CUGAACAAGUCGUGCAGUCGCAACUAUGUUUGAGCCGUGCGGCACAUGUCAGUUUGCAUGAGGGCUGGAUUGCUCUUUAUUGACAUGAGUUACUGAUUACAUGCGAUUUUAUAAUUUUGAGAUAAGACUUGGGCUUUAAGUGGGGAAUCUUGCCAGCUACAACAAGCCAUCAGCUGGGAUCCUUCACACUGGGCCAUCACCACUUAAAGGACUUUUGGAAUCCUUGUUUUUUUUUUCUCUUUAUUCUCCUCCCAGUUGACCAAGCAACAGCAUCAUGAGUGUAGAGUCCAAAAAAACACGUGAGGCAUGUUGCUCCAAACUCAAGCUUUUCCUGGUCUCUUUGGCAUUUGUAUAUUUCUCCAAAGCUUUUGGUGGAUCAUACAUGAAGAGCUCCAUCACUCAAAUUGAGAGACGGUUCGACAUUCCCAGCUCUCUCAUCGGGGUCAUAGAUGGCAGCUUCGAAAUGGGAAACUUGUUGGUCAUCGCCUUUGUGAGCUACUUUGGUGCAAAGCUCCAUCGUCCCAGGCUGAUUGGUAUCGGCUGUCUUUUAAUGGCCAUUGGAUGCUACGUUGUUGCGCUGCCACAUUUUUUACAGGGCCCGUACAAAUAUGAAACCAGUAUGUCCCACAAUGCUAAAAUCAACAGCACCGAAAGCAUCUUGCCCUGUUUGUCCAACCACAGCCUGACAGAGAAAGAUGAAACCCCUGAUGUAGAAGCCAUCAAAGCUUGUGAGAAGACAACUGGCUCGUCCAUGUGGAUCUAUGUUUUCCUUGGAAACAUGCUUCGUGGAAUUGGAGAGACUCCUAUCAUGCCUUUGGGAGUAUCCUAUCUGGAUGACUUUUCUAGACAGGAAAACACCCCUUUCUAUUUGGCCUGCAUCCAUACAACAGGUAUGUUAGGACCUAUGCUUGGCUUCAUGUUGGGGUCCUUCCUUGCCAAGACCUAUGUGGACAUUGGAUUUGUUGAUUUAGACAGCAUCACUAUUACCUACAAGGACUCUCGCUGGGUGGGAGCCUGGUGGUUGGGCUUCAUUGUGACUGGCACAGUGAUUUUGCUGUCAAGUAUCCCAUUCUUUUUUCUGCCUAAAUCCCUGCCUAAGCAGGCGGUAAAAAACAAGAAAAAUAAAAGCACAGAGUUAACCGCUGGAUCAGAACAGGAUACUUUCCUGCCAGAUGAGGCCCAUAAUGAUCAGGAAAAAGAGAAGACAGUCACGUUUCAGGAAAUGGUUAAAGAUUUCAUCCCGUCGUUAAAGAGACUCUUCAGGAACAGCAUCUACGUAAUGAUGAUUCUCACCUAUCUGGUUGUAGUCAACGGCUUCAUUGGCAUGAUCACCUUCAAACCUAAAUUCAUGGAGCAAAUCUACGGCCAGGCGGCAUCCAGAGCAAUUUUUCUCAUAGGAAUAAUGAACCUGCCUGCAGUCGCUUUGGGCAUCAUCACUGGCGGCGUUGUCAUGAAAAAGUUCAACCUGGGUAUUGUGGGUGCGGCCAGAAUUUCCAUCGUUGCAUCUCUUGGAUCCUUUUCCAUGCUUCUCCUGCAGGGUUUCUUCCACUGUGACAAUGCAGAGGUUGCUGGUUUGACUGUUGCCUAUCAAGGUUAUCCUGAAGUGUCCUAUAAUUACUCAACACUGUUGGCCCCAUGCAAUACUGGCUGCUCAUGCUCACUGAAGCACUGGGAUCCAGUGUGUGCCUAUAAUGGCAUGACAUAUGCUUCACCCUGCCUGGCUGGAUGUCAGACCGCCACUGGAUCAGGAAAAGCAAUGGUGUUUCAUAACUGUACCUGUGUGGGAACCUUUACGACUCCUGCUGCAAACAUGUCUGUGGUGUUGGGCCAGUGUCCGAGAAAGAGUGAUUGUGAUUUCAAAUUUAAAAUCUACAUGGCUUUGACAGUGGUAGGAGCCUUUAUAUCUGCUUGUGGUGGCACACCAGGAUACAUUGUACUGCUGAGAUCCAUUCAUCCAGACCUGAAGUCAUUGGCAUUAGGAAUGCAGACACUGAUUGUAAGAACUCUGGGUGGGAUCCCUCCACCUAUAUACUUUGGAGCACUGAUUGAUCGGACAUGUUUAAAGUGGGGCACUAAACAGUGCGGAGGACGGGGAGCAUGCAGGCUUUAUGAUUCUAAUGCGUUCAGGAUGACCUUUUUGGGUUUGGUAACUGGACUCUACUUCUUUGCCAAUGUGUUGUGGGGAUUCCUCUAUGUCAAAAUUGUCAAGAGACAGAAGAAGUUAGCGCUGAGGGAGCAGGCCAAAGAAAAUGGAGUGGAGUAUAACACACUGACCAAAGGACAUGCAAACAUUACCAUUGAUAAAAACAAGAAAGAGGAAAAUAAGGAGAGCUCUAUUUAAGUUAUAUAUU